AUGGCUUUAGCAAACGCUACAUUUUCUGAAAUUUUGGACGACCUUCGGUUUAUAAUAAAUGUACCAGAGGAAGAAUUAGCUUCCGUUGAACGUAUAUGUUUUCAGAUAGAACAAGCUCAUUGGUUUUAUGAAGAUUUCGUUAGAGAACAAAACUCCAGUUUACCGAUUAAUUUCCUUGACUGGAACGCACUUUUCAAGCAUUGCCCACUUUUACACCAAUGGUCUCACAAACAUGAGAAAGCUUUCGCUGAUUUCAUGCAAUAUAAAAUUCGAGUACCCGUAUGUGGCGCGAUUAUGUUAAAUGAGAAAAUGGAUAUGUGUGUGUUAGUAAAAGGAUGGUCAUCUCGUUCAGGUUGGGGUUUUCCUAAAGGUAAAAUAAAUAAAGAUGAACCAGAUUCAACUUGUGCAGCUCGUGAGACUGGGUAUGAUAUAUCUCCAUUGAUUAAAGAACAAGAUUAUGUAGAAUUAACAAUUCGAGAACAGCGCAUAAGAUUAUAUAUUGUUGUUGGAGUUUUUGAAGAUACAAAAUUUUGUCCAAAAACUCUGGCUGAUCUACCAACGUGGGUAAGAAGUCGUGACAAGGAUACACCUUAUCAUUGCGGUGGCGGUUGCGUGAAAUACGGCAGUAGUAGAUUUUAUAUGGUCGUUCCAUUUGUGAGCAAGUUGCGUCACUGGCUUAAAAUGCAAAGAAAAAUGGUACGCAAAAGAAAUAUUGGAAAUUUACAAUUAGAAGAAUCCGAAGCAGAAAUAUUUAAUGGAAACACUAAUGCUACCGGACAAAAGGAAACUUCUCCAGAAACCUCGGUACCAGGAACAGAAAGUGAAGGAAGUCCUCCAGAGAAAUUUCAACAUUUAAACAGCGAACAUUUUAAACAAUCUUCAUCAAAUAAUCAUGAUAACUCACAAAAUAUGAUGAGAUCUGUACUUGGUUUAGACUCAUCACAAAUCUAUAAUCCUCAGAAUUCGCAAAAGGGCAAAGAUAUUGAUAUAGGAUUAACUUACGAUAACAACCUGGCGUACACAAAUAAUGGAUUUGAUCAUCCAUAUUCAUAUUUUUCAACAUCUUUACCUUUGGGUCAUUCAUCUCAUUCACCCUUAACAUCUAACGCCCAAUUUGACACUUCGAUAAUUGGUAUGCAUUCAUCCAAUCAUUUAUCAAAUUAUAAUUCAAUACCUGGAAUGCGUCAGCAAGAUAAUUCAAUCGUUUUUGAAAAAUCCACAACUUUUAAUUCAAGAACAAAAUCUUCAGUUAAUCAAAUAUAUUUAAACAACACUCAAUUAUCAUCUUCACCAGUUUUACCAAUUGAUAAACGAGAUGUAACUGAUAUAACUGCACCAAAACCCAUACAUGCCAAUACUAAUGUAGCAGUUGCUGCUUUAGACCCUGAACAACCACUUCGUAGAAAUUCAUUAUUAAGUUUAUUUGCUGCAUCAACUUCAACUAGGAAAGAAUCUUCUAUACAGUCCAAGUCCAUAGAUGAUGAUAUUCAACGCAAAAAUUCAUUACUUAGUGUUCUUAAAUCAGAAACACCUGUAUCUGAUGGAGGACAUAAGAUUUCAUUAACACAUGAAGAUAUACUUCAACAUCAAAGGCAGCAACAUUCAUUAUUCCAUUAUCCUCCUAAAUCAUAUAAUUCCGUCAAUUCCCUUGAAAAUGAAUCAAAUGGAGAUAAUCAAGAUCAAGAUCAAGAUAAUGAUGGCGUUUUCACAAUGUUUCAAAAUAGUAUUACUCAAGGGAAUGCUUUAUUUUCAACACCAACAUCAGACCAAAAUAAUGAUUCAACUUCAACAUUAAAUCGACGAGGUUCCGCAUUUAGCCGACAUUCCAAUCAAGAUAUUUUAAUUCAAAAACUUCCAAUUAACAUUGGACAUAUUGGUCAAGGGAGACCAUCAAGUAAUAAUGAUAAUAUAAAUCCAGAAAUUCACGAAGUUACAAGAAAAAUGUCAUUAUUAGGUUUAUGUCAUACAGAUUAUUCGUCGAAUGAUACGAAUAAUAGUAAAGGAUCACCUAAUUCUGUUGAGAUUAGUCCAAAUCAUCCAAAUCAUAAAGGUCAACAAAACACCUUUUUCUCAACACCAGUUGUUGAUUACGAACACACACCCAACUCUAAUAAUGCGUCAGGUACACCUAAUUCGUAUAAUGAACCUUUGAUACGUCUAAUCACACCUUCACCUUCAGGAAAUAAUUUCCAUCCCAAAGUUUAUUAUUCAGGAGGUACAGAAAUUAAUAAUCAAGAAAUAAAUAUAUUAGACCUUUUAAAUGUGAACCCACCCGAUGGAGAUUUUGUUGACUUGAACGUGAAUGAUGGUGAGAUAAAUUCUUAUUCAAAUCCAAGAGGUGGAAUCGAAUCAUCAAUCCUUCAGAAAAAAGAAUUUUCAAGUAAUGGUGGAUAUGAGGGUGCUUUAAGUAUGGUAGAGACAUCAUCAUUGGAUCAAAGAGUUCGUCAUAAAUUCUUUGAUCCAAUUCAUGCUUUAAUUCCUUCGAAUGGUGCUCGUAAUCCUAUGAAUGGAUUUAAAUUCGAUGUCGAGAAAAUUACUGCUGCGCUGUAA